UCCUAUUUGGCUUGUAUCUGUGUAUCGCACAAAGGAAACGGAAAUAGAUCUAAGCUACCACUAUUAAGCGAAGUGUUGUUAGACACAAGGCAGACGUUUUGUGGAAACUUUACAGAAAAAAAUGACAGAAGAGCGCAGAAACAUUUCAGUGCACACAUUGGUGUUCCGGUCAUUAAAGCGGACGCAUGAUAUGUUCUUGGGUGACCAAGGAAAUCUUCCACUGAGAGACGAGAAGAGUGAAGAACUGAAGCGCAUGGUGAAAACGACAGAUGAGUAUGGUCCAGUCAAAGAUCGGGUUAAGGGAGCUGCACAGCAAAAUGGACAUGCUGCUGGUGCUGAUGGCACACCACAUGGUGAUUCUGCUGCCAGUGGGAUGGAGCUUGUUCCUUUGGAUCAGAACAGACUUUUGAGUGGUGGUGAUAUGAGGCGAUCGGGAAGGGGAGACACUACAGGAUCAAGGGCAUUAAUGGCAGUCAGUAUAGGUCAGCAACAAAUGCUUGUUCCUCGCAAAGCUCCUACAAUGCCCAAGCCAGUGUGGCAUCCACCAUGGAAAUUAUACAGAGUAAUAAGUGGUCAUCUUGGCUGGGUACGGUGUAUUGCUGUAGAACCAGGCAAUGAAUGGUUUGUAACAGGUGCAGCAGACCGUGUAAUCAAGAUUUGGGAUCUUGCUUCUGGAACACUAAAGCUGUCACUAACAGGACAUGUCAGCACAGUCCGUGGCCUUGCAGUCAGUUCACGACAGCCUUACCUUUUCUCGUGUGGAGAGGACAAGAUGGUGAAGUGCUGGGACCUUGAGCAGAACAAGGCUGUCCGACACUACCAUGGUCACCUCAGCGCGUGUUAUGCCCUUGAUCUUCACCCAACAAUUGAUGUACUUGUCACAUGUGGACGAGAUGCAACCAUCAGGGUAUGGGACAUCCGAACAAAGGUGUGUAUCCACACUCUGGCUGGUCACACCAACACUGUUUCAUCCGUGAAGUGCCAGGCAGCCGAGCCACAGGUGAUAUCUGGAAGCCAUGAUUGUACAGUCCGACUGUGGGAUUUGGCUGCUGGCCGCACGAAAGCAACAUUGACCAAUCACAAAAAGAGUGUGCGAGCAGUGGUUCUGAAUCCAGCACAAUACACAUUUGCAUCAGGUUCUCCCGACAAUAUCAAGCAAUGGAAAUUCCCUGAUGGUGUCUUUCUGCAAAAUCUUUCAGGACAUAAUGCCAUUAUCAACAGCCUUGCUUGUAAUUCAGAUGGAGUACUAGUUUCUGCAGCUGACAAUGGCACUAUGCACUUUUGGGACUGGAAAACAGGCUACAAUUUUCAGAGACUACAGGCAGCUGUUCAGCCAGGUUCUAUUGAUUCUGAGGCAGGAAUAUUUGCUCUUGCCUUUGACCAGAGUGGUAGCCGGUUGAUCACUGCUGAAGCUGAUAAAACUAUUAAGAUCUACAAAGAGGAUGAAUCUGCUACUGAAGAGACACAUCCCCUCAACUGGCGGCCUGAUAUCUUUAGGAAAAAACGUUAUUAAACUGUAUGACUGCAGGUGGUUUUUUUUUUUUUAACUUGCAGAUUGAAAAAAAUUGAAAGAGACUUCAUAGGUAAAUUGAAAAAUGGUGCAAAAGAUGAAAUGUUUACAAGAUCAUCCCACAUUUUUAGAAUCUAGGUUAACAUCUGAGCCUUUGAGAUUACUUUUUUAGAUUCAGACAGCAGGGCUUGGCCAGCAUUCAAAUUAUAUUUUUGGCUUUUAUGACAUGCCUAGAUAAAUUUUUCAAAGCAUUAGCUUUGAAUUUGCAUUAAACAUUUUCACCUUAA